AUGGGCAAAAAAUCCAAGUCGCAGGCUACAUCGGCCGCUGAGCCUUCCACCAAAGGUGGAAGCCUUCCUUUCCUGGGCAGUGCACCACUCGACGCUAGCCUCUCUUCACUAUUCGAGAAGAGUGCCGGUCCUGUGAAAACGCCGACUGUCAAGUAUGUCGACUUUAAGCCCCGGAAAAAAGCCGAGGAUGUAAUGGAAACUGCUCCAUCAGACGCUGAGUCCGAGGAUGAGGUAAUGGCAGAUGAGGGUGACAGCUCUGCCGAGGAUUCUUCCGAGAGCCAGGAAGCUGAGAUCGCACAACAACGGGUGUCAGACAAACAGAGUCGAAAGCGCAAGCGUGCAGGUGCAGAGGAUGAUCUAGAAGGAUCGUACAUGCGUCGUCUUGAGAAAGAAGAGCAGAGAGCUCAGGAGAAACGCGAAGCCGAGCACGCCAAGAGACAGAAGUCCACUGAAGACGACGACAACGACAAAAGUGACGAUGCAGCGGACGAUUCACAGUCGGAUGCUGAACCCAGUGAUGGCGAGGAGGAGAAGGCGGCAGACGCAAAAGAGCCGGUACCUGUUCACGAGAGCUUGUCAGGAGCUUCCAAAGCCAGUGAAGUGGAGAAAUCUAGUCGGACGGUGUUCUUGGGCAACGUAUCGACUGAAGCAAUCAAGUCCAAGUCGGCAAAGAAAACUCUUCUCCGACACUUGGCAUCUUUCUGUUCCGAUCUGCCCGAAUCUUCCGGUCCACACAAGGUUGAGUCAAUUCGAUUCCGCUCUGUGCCCUUCGCCAGCGGUGGCGGCGUUCCCAAGCGAGCCUCCUUUGCUCGGCGUGAGAUCUUGGACGACACCACUCACAGCACGAACGCCUAUGCUGUGUACACCACUGUCCAGGCUGCCCGUAAGGCCCCUGCAGCUCUGAACGGCACCAUUGUGCUGGACCGCCACUUGCGUGUCGAUAGUAUUGCGCACCCCGCUGAAAUUGACAACAAGCGAUGUGUCUUUGUGGGCAACCUGGACUUUGUGGACCAGGAAGUCGCAGGGGAGGACGAGGACGGCAAAAAGAAGAAGCCUCGCAAGCCGUCUGACAUUGAGGAGGGCCUUUGGCGAGUGUUCAAUGCGCACACGGGUGACACCAAGGAUAAGAAGUCUGUGAAGAAGAACGUGGAAUUUGUCCGCGUCAUUCGCGAUCAGAACACCCGAGUCGGCAAAGGUUUUGCUUAUGUUCAAUUCUAUGAGGGUACAUGUGUUGAACAGGCCAUCUUGCUCAAUGAGAAGAACUUCCCUCCUCUUCUGCCUCGUAAGAUUCGUGUGACCCGAGCCCGCAAGAUGAUGAAGAGGCGAGAUGAUUCGGGUGGCAAGGGUGCUCGCUCCGGUGAUUUGGCUCGCAAGACCCUUCAAGGUCGUGCAGGCAAGCUUCUUGGUCGUGCGGGUGCCUCCAAGCUUAAGACUGAGAGCAAGGGAGGCAUUGCUGGCAAUUCAUUUGUCUUUGAGGGCCACCGGGCCAGUGAAGGCAAGUCAACCCUCAAAGUGAAGAGCAAGAGUCGUGGAUCCAAGGGCAAGCCCAAGAAUCGAAGCAGCAAGCGUGCGGCUGCAUAUCGAGCAGCAGGUGGACAGCGGCCUUGA